AUGGCUUCCUUGAGUGGGGUACUGUUACUUGUUCAUAUCUCCCUCAUGGCCACCACUCUCUUCUACUAUCCUUCACAUGCGAUCGGACAAGACGUCGUCGAGCAGGUAUGCCAGCAAACGGAGGACUAUCAAUUCUGUUUCAAUACCAUCCUCAGAGAUCCUCGGACUCCGGCAGUUAACAUGGAGGGGCUGUGCCUCCUCAGUGUGGCAAUAACCAUAGACCACGUUAGGGAAGCGGUGGAUAAAAUACCGGGGCUGCUGGAGAAAGCUACUGAUCCAGUGGACAAGCAAAGAAUGACGACUUGCCAGUCCAACUAUGGAGCAGCGGCGGGGGACUUCCAGAGGGCGUGGGGCACGGCUUCUUCAAAGGCUUUCCAUGAUGUGCUGGGCUGGGUUCAGAAGGGAAGUGGUCAGGUUAUAAACUGUGAAAAUAUAUACCGGCAAAGUCCGCCGAUCCGUGAAUCUCCCCUCACAGUUGACAACCACAACGUGAUUAAAUUAGCAGGAAUUACUUUGGUUGUUCUUGGUAUGCUUGGUGUUCGUUGAAGAUGGUGUGUCUUCCUUGAGCUAAGGCUCACGUUCUUGGAAUUAACGUACAAUAA